CAGCAGCCCCUUUGAUUUGAUUUUUCUAGUGUGCAUCGAAAAAUCCACGACAACAUUUCAACUCUGUAAAAGCGGAGCCAUUGAUUCACACAACUCUGUAAAAGCGGAGCCAUUGAUUCGCACAACCCAAUUCAACCGUCUUAAAACAGAUGUGACUGCGUUUCGCUUCUGUUCUCUCCUUCUCAUUCAUUUGAUCAUUUCCGAUCUUUCCUCUCAAGAAUUAGCAGAGAGGGAAACACACAGAAACAUCCAAAUGGCCGUCCUCUUUGGAGAGAUCAUGGGCUCUCCGUUGAUGGACAGAUCCUCAUUUGUUUCUUCCUCACAAGCGCUUCUGAAUCAUAGUUUUCCACAGAUUGCCUUGAAGAAUACGAGGUUCGUGAGGUUGAAGAAGACUCUCAAGGUUCCUGUGGCGGCUGUUAGUGAGGAUUUAAUUAUCGGAGCUUCCGUGUCUGCAGAAAAACCUGUGAAGUUCAAAGUCAGAGCGGUUGUCACAGUGAAGAACAAGAUAAAAGAAGAUUUCACAGACACCAUUAUGAAACAUAUUGAUGCUCUCACUGAUAGAAUAGGAAUGAACGUUGUUCUUCAGCUCAUCAGCACAGAGAUAGACCCAAGGACAAAGGGUCCAAGGAAGAGCAAAGAAGCAGUGUUGAAGGACUGGUCUGAGAAAUGGAAUGUUCGAGCAGAGAGAGUGAAUUACACAGCAGAAUUCAUGGUGGAUUCUGAUUUCGCAGAAGCAGGAGCUAUUACUGUGACCAACAAACAUCAAAAAGAGUUCUUCUUGGAAACUGUAACAAUCGAAGGAUUUCCCAGUGGCACACUUCAUUUUCCCUGCAAUUCCUGGGUUCAACCCAGAAAACACCAUCCUCAUCCCAGGGUUUUCUUCUCUAACAAGCCAUAUCUACCAAAUGAUACACCAAGCGGGCUGAGAUUACUGAGAGAGAAGGAGCUGAAAAUUCUGAGAGGAGAUAGAAAAGGAGAACGAAAGCUAAGUGAUAGGAUAUAUGAUUUUGAUGUAUACAAUGAUCUUGGCCUUCCAGAUUCAGGUCCUGACCUUACCAGACCAACCCUCGGAGGAUCUCAAGACUAUCCAUACCCGAGACGGUGUCGUACUGGUCGUCCCCCAACUGAUACAGACAUGAAUGCAGAGUCUCGUGUGGAGAAGCCAUUGCCAAUGUACGUGCCCAGAGAUGAACAGUUUGAGGAGUCUAAGAAGCUUGCAUUCUCUCACAUGAGGCUCAAAGCAUUGUUUCAUAACUUGAUCCCUGGUCUAAAGGCUAGCCUUUGUGCUGAUAAUCAUGACUUCAAUGACUUCUCUGAUGUUGAUGGCCUUUACGUUAAUUCUGAAGGGUUUCUCCUCAAAUCCUUAAAAGAUGUAGACUUUGUCAGAAAAAUCCCAGAAAGCAGCCUCAGACUUCUUAAGUUUGACACUCCCAUGAUCAUUUCCAAGGACAAAUUUGCUUGGAUGAGAGAUGAUGAGUUCGCUCGCCAAGUAAUAGCAGGAGUCAACCCUGUCAACAUUGAGAGGCUCCAAGUUUUCCCACCAGUGAGCAAGCUUGACCCUCAAGUGCACGGAAACCUAGAGUCUGCUCUUAAAGAAGAGCACAUUUUAGGGCAAAUUAGUGGGAUGACAGUGCAACAGGCAAUAAGGGAGAAUAAGCUAUUUAUCCUAGAUUACCAUGAUAUCUACCUUCCAUUUCUUGAUAAAAUCAAUGCUCUUGAUGGUAGAAAAUCCUAUGCCACACGCACCAUUUUCUUCUUAACUCCCCUUGGAACUCUCAAGCCCAUUGCUAUAGAACUUAGCCUUCCAUCUGGGACACCGAGUUCACGAUCAAAACGUGUCGUUACGCCUCCGGCUGAUGCUACCACCAGUUGGAUAUGGCAGCUUGCCAAGGCUCAUGUUUGUAGCAAUGAUGCUGGUGUGCACCAGCUUGUUAACCAUUGGUUACGCACGCAUGCUUGUUUGGAACCCUUUAUAUUGGCUACUCAUAGGCAAUUAAGUGCAAUGCAUCCUAUCUUCAAGCUAUUAGAUCCACACAUGAGGUACACGUUGGAGAUGAAUGCCCAGGCUCGUCAAAGACUAAUCAAUGCAGGUGGAAUCAUUGAGGCUUCCUUCGCGCCUGGACGCUACUGCAUGGAGCUCAGUUCUUCUGCUUACAAAAGCUUCUGGCGAUUUGACAUGGAAGCCCUACCCGCUGAUCUCAUCCGCAGAGGAAUGGCAAAACCUGAUCCAACUCAACCACACGGUCUAAAGCUGCUGAUAGAAGACUACCCUUAUGCUUCUGAUGGUCUCAUGAUCUGGUCUGCAAUUGAGAGCUGGAUCCGCACCUAUGUGAAGCACUACUACCCAAGUUCAAGCCUAAUUUGCAGUGACAAGGAACUACAGUCAUGGUACUAUGAAGCAAUUAACGUAGGACAUGCUGAUCUUAGCCAUAAAACCUGGUGGCCCACGUUGAACAAUACUGAUGAUCUUGUCUCCAUCCUUACUACCUUGAUCUGGAUUGCAUCUGCACAACAUGCUGCUCUUAAUUUUGGGCAAUACCCUUAUGGAGGGUACGUCCCAAAUCGACCGCCAUUAGUGAGAAGAUUGAUCCCAGAAGUGGGUGAUCCAGAGUAUGCUAAUUUGAUAGCAGAUCCACAGAAGUAUUUCUUGAGAUCAUUGCCAAGUUUGUUGCAAGCUACGAGUUAUAUGGCUGUGGUGGACACGUUAUCUCUUCACUCGCCUGAUGAGGAAUACUUGGGAGAGAGGCGACCAGAGUCGUCUUGGACAGGUGAUUCAGAGAUGAUCAGGGCCUUCCAUGGAUUCUCAGAAAAGAUCAGAGAGCUAGAGAAGGAGAUUGAGAGAAGGAAUUGUGAUGCUAACUUGAGAAACCGCUGUGGGGCUGGUGUGUUACCUUAUGAAUUGCUCGCUCCUAGCUCAGAUCCUGGUAUUACAUGCAGAGGCAUUCCCAAUAGUGUAUCAAUAUAAAGUUUACAUGAAUUUUGAGAGGUUGAAAAUUUAUAACCUCAAUAUAAUAUUUAAAAAAAAAACCUGAGGGUGUGGUCCCUACCAGUCUCCUUUUCCUCUGCUACUGUAGCGCAUUCAGAUAGACAAUGCUAUUAGAUCAAUGCGUGUAGAUAACAAAAGAGGGUUAUACAUGUAGAUGGACAAGUUAUACAUGAAACAGAGCUUGAUUAAGGAUGAGGUUGAAUAUUUUUUGCAUUUGAUAUAUAUGAAAGAUCGUCAAUUUCUUUU